AUGUAUAGCCGCUUGUUUGGUGAAGGUUUUGUAGAGGAUCAAUUUGAUGAAGGUUUUAUAGAUGAUCAAUUUGGUGAAGGUUUUGCAGAUGAUGUCUUUGAUGAUGAUGUGAACAAAUAUAGUGAGUCAAUUAAUGUGGAUGAGUUUGUAGGCAUUGAUGUGCAAGAUGAAGAUGAAGAUGAAGAUGAGGAAGAACACAAUGCUGUGCUUAAGAUGCUUAAUGAGAUUGGAACUGUUGAGAACAUUCCAGAGUUCAUAGGGGGUAUGAAGAACAGAUGUCAGGUUUUGGGCAUCGUGUGUACAAAAACUAUGAUCCCAGAGCUAAGGUCAUAA